AUGCCUCACCCUGAUGGGUUCACAAAAUGCACUACAUGCACUCGACUGUAUGAUGCUGCCAAAGCGGCAACAACACAAUCUGUUGUUAUCCAUGUUGAGAAAUCUCUUGAGCUACAUUAUAAGACUGUGGGGUGGACCCCGAUUGUUGAUCUUUAUCAUCGAAAGUACCAAUCUUUGCUUGCAUUGCAUUGCAGUGAUUUGCGCCUUGUUUAUCACAAGACUCGAGAACAGUCGCAGUCCCCAAUCUCCCGAACCACAACAGUUAUCAUCGAUGGGAUGGAUCAAAAUAAAACCAAUCUACCGCAUCUGACCACAGAAGAUAAAACAAGCAAGGGUCAGAUAAGACUGAAAACGCAUAUCACAGGAAUAAAAAUUCACUGUUCGCCUACCGAGGACACAGAUUCCGUCAUCGCAAUAGUUUAUGUUGAUGUCAAUGAGUAUCCUCACGACUCCAAUUUGACCAUUUCCAUCCUGCUUGAUGUGCUGCUAAUUAUGCACCACCGCAUCUUUAAACCCAAACUCCAUCUACAAAUGGACAAUUGUUGGAGGGAGAACAAGAAUCGCUACAUUCUUUCAUUCUUGUUCUUCCUUGUGCAUAUAGAUGUUUUUGAAGAGGUAUCUCUGAACUUCUUACCAGUUGGUCAUACGCAUGAGGAUGUUGAUCAGAUGUUCAGAUGUAUCAAUACAGCCAUUUCUUCCUGCGGCAAUAUCAAUACUCUGGAUGAAUUCAUGGAUAGACUAACGGACAAAGACACAUUCUCGCCUAAGAUUGAAGUACAUAAUGUACAAAGUGUGUUCAACUGGCGUGACCACAUAAUUUCAUUCUUGCCUGUCAACUUCAGUGGCCAAUCCAAGCCACACCAGUUCCAAUUCAGGAAAGUAGAUGGGCAGGCAAGGAUGCGCUAUUGCCUGUGGGCUGAUGACCCGUGGAGCCCUGAGGGACCAGGCAUGACAUGCCUUGAGGCUUUCCCAGAUUUAGCUGACGAACAAGCAGUUGUUGAACCCAGCACCGAGUGGAUGGAGCUGGACGAGGUCCGCAAAGGCGUCAAGGCUCUCGGGCCAAGACUGGUGUCCCGAGAUCACCAGUGGUGGGACCGCUACUUCCUACACAGGCAAAGGUCUCCGUCCAUGGAUAGCUGA